GACUGCUGCUGAUUUGUGGUUUGCACCUCAACCCUGGCCAGCUCAGCAGGGCCCUUCCGGACUCUGCCUAACCUCUUCCCCGUGCUGACGCUGGGCCCUGCUGCUUCGGCUCCCCUGUGCCCCUGUGCUCUGUUCUGGGCUGUUCCCACCUCCCUACCGCAGCCCACCCUAGCUUCCUCUGGGCUUUGGGUGGCCCUACCCUGGCAGCUGGCCACAGGCUUAUCUGCUGAACAGUCUGGAAUUUCAGGCCCCCUGGGAGGGAGGACAGAAGGGGAGGGGAGCGCAUUUUGGCCCACAGUCACCUGGGGUGAGCGCCUUCCUGUCCACCUGGAGAGAUGGGUGUGGAGGAGUGGGAGACCCCCCAGGCUCCCCACCUGUGUCAGCGGCUAGGCCUCCAGCUCCUGGAUGGAGGAGGGCCUCAGGGCUCUCUGCCCUCUGGCUUUUGACCAAUGAGUCCAAUCUCAAGGCCUUGUGGUGGGGCUGAUCCAGUUCAGGACACAAAAAAGAAAACAAAACAUCACUCUUGACUCUCACCCGCGUUUCGUAAAGGAAAGGGAAAAUCGCUAAAAGAGGAAGGGGGUAAUUUUAGAGUGACCAUCUCCCAAGCAAGGCCAUGGGCUUCCUCAGACGGGGGUCCACAGAAAACGACAAGGGGCGUUUAUGGACUGGUGUCGGGGGCCAGCGGCUUCCAGAGCAGGAAGACUUGUCAAAAGAACAGCCGGCCAGGUCCUCCAGAAACUAGGGAAGGCGGAUGAGACGAAGGAUGAGCAGUUUGAACAGUGUGUCCAGAAUUUCAACAAACAGCUGACUGAGGGCACUCGACUGCAGAAGGAUCUCCGGACCUACCUGGCCUCAGUCAAAGCCAUGCACGAGGCCUCCAAGAAACUAAACGAAUGUCUGCAGGAGGUGUACGAGCCCGAAUGGCCCGGCAGGGAUGAAGCAAACAAGAUAGCCGAGAACAACGACCUCCUCUGGCUGGAUUACCACCAGAAGCUGGUGGACCAGGCACUGCUGACCAUGGACACAUACCUGGGCCAGUUCCCUGACAUCAAGGCACGCAUUGCCAAGCGAGGGAGGAAGCUGGUGGACUACGACAGUGCCCGGCACCAUUACGAGUCCCUCCAAACCGCCAAAAAGAAGGACGAAGCCAAAAUUGCCAAGCCUGUCUCGCUGCUUGAGAAAGCCGCCCCCCAGUGGUGCCAAGGCAAACUGCAGGCUCACCUCGUAGCUCAAACUAACCUGCUCCGAAAUCAGGCAGAGGAGGAGCUCAUCAAAGCCCAGAAGGUGUUUGAGGAGAUGAACGUGGAUCUGCAGGAAGAGCUGCCUUCCCUAUGGAACAGCCGUGUAGGUUUCUACGUCAACACGUUCCAGAGCAUUGCAGGCCUGGAGGAGAACUUCCAUAAGGAGAUGAGUAAGCUCAACCAGAACCUCAACGAUGUGCUGGUCAGCCUGGAGAAGCAGCACGGGAGCAACUCGUUCACAGUCAAGGCCCAGCCCAGUGACAACGCCCCUGCAAAAGGAGACAAGAGCCCUUCGCCUCCUCCGGGUGGUUCCCCGGCCGCCGCCCCGGAGAUCAGAGUCAACCACGAGCCCGAGCCGCCUGCAGCAGGGGGGGCCAGUCUCCCCAAGUCCCCGUCUCAGCUCCGGAAAGGGCCUCCAGUCCCUCCACCUCCCAAACACACCCCGUCCAAGGAGGUCAAGCAGGAGCAGAUCCUCAGCCUGUUUGAUGACGCGUUUGUCCCUGAGAUCAGCGUGACCACCCCCUCCCAGUUUGAGGCCCCCGGGCCUUUCUCGGAGCAGGCCAGUCUGCUGGACUUGGACUUUGACCCCCUCCCGCCUGUGGCGAGCCCCGUGAAGGCGCCCACACCCUCUGGUCAGUCAAUUCCGUGGGACCUCUGGGAGCCCACAGAGAGUCCAGCUGGCAGCCUGCCUUCCAGGGAGCCCAGUGCUGCCGACGGCACCUUUGCCGUGGCCUGGCCCAGCCAGACGGCCGAGCCCGGGCCGGCCCAACCAGCAGAGGCCUCCGAGGUGGCGGGCGGGACCCAACCUGCGGCUGGAGCGCAGGAGCCCGGGGAGACUGCAGCAAGUGAAGCAGCUUCCAGCUCUCUCCCUGCCGUGGUGGUAGAGACCUUCUCAGCAACUGUGAACGGCACCGUGGAGGGCAGCAGUGGGGCGGGACGCUUGGAUCUGCCCCCAGGGUUCAUGUUCAAGGUACAGGCCCAGCACGACUACGUGGCCACCGACACGGAUGAGCUGCAGCUCAAGGCUGGUGACGUGGUACUGGUGAUCCCUUUCCAGAACCCCGAGGAGCAGGAUGAAGGCUGGCUCAUGGGCGUGAAGGAGAGUGACUGGAACCAGCACAAGGAGCUGGAGAAAUGCCGGGGCGUCUUCCCCGAGAACUUCACUGAGCGGGUUCAGUGAGGGCGCAGCGGGUGCAGCUCUCUGGGCGUGUGAAGAACACCUUUUCCCGAAAAAUGUGUGUUUCUUUCUUUCUUUUCUUUCUUUUUUUUUUU